AUGAGGAGUACACAAAGGAGUGAGAGCAUGCACGCAUUCUAUGGUGGAUUCUUACACAGUAGGACUAGCUUAGUUCAAUUUGUUCACGAAUAUGACAAUGUGCUUGGAGUCAAGGAGCAGUGGGAAUUGGAGGAUUAUGCUGCAGACUCGAGGGGGGUUAUCCCUUGUGCAAUGAGCUCGCCUAUGGAGAAACAGUUUCAGCAAGAGUACACUACGAGCAUGUUUAGGGAUGUUCAAACUGAGUUUGUGAAGAAGGCUGAUUGCAGAGUUUCUGUAGUUGAUAAACAAUGUCCAUUGGUCUGCAUGAAGGUGGAAGAGGAGAAACUAGUCAACGGUACUAUUCUAUGCGUUCUGUACGAUGUUCACUUUUACCAUUCCACACAGGAGGUUCGUUGUGAGUGCAAUCUUUUCGAGAGUUCAGGUGUGUUGUGCUGUCACUAUCUUAAAGUUUUCCAUUUGUAUAAAGUGUACAAAGUACCUACCUGUUAUGUUCUCCCUCGAUGGAGCAAGAAAAUAAAGCGCAAGCAUACGUAUGUCAAAAGUAGUCAUGAUGUCAGUCGGUCGAAUGAGAGUCAUGUUGCAUUCAGGAGACUGUGUGCACACUUCUAUAAUGUUGCUCAAGAGUUCAUCGGUGACGAUGAUGAAACAGCAUUGUUGCAUGCUGCUUUGAAAGAAACAAGGGCCAAGUUGGCUGCGCACCGUGCCAAGAAGAGGUUCGAGAGCGUGUCAAAGACCCACACCAGCAUUGGCUCACAGAGUUCGAACGUUGUCGGUGUUGAUGACAUCCAAGGCCCAUCGAAGGUCACCACAAAGGGCAGGCCAAAGAGUAAGAGGCUCGGCGCUGCCCUUGAGAAGUCCUUCAAGAAUUCAGCUUGGAGGAAACACAAGAAUUCAUCCCCGGUGGUUUGUCCGCACGCACCUCAAGAUGUAAACCAUGGUGCUGUUGUUGACCGGAAUGUUCCCGAACAAGCCGGUGGUUUCAUGUCUUUGUUAAGCUCCUUCAACAAAAGUUAG